AUGGAUCAAAUAUUAGCAAAAGCCUCAAAUCAAGUAGUAUCAUUUGCAAUUAGAUCAGGUAUAUCAAUUGCAUCAGGGUAUGCUAUAAAAUCAAUAUCAACAUUUUUAGAUAAGAUACCUGAAUCACAACAAAAGAAAUUAUUAAAACAACGUCAUAAACUAAAAUUAAAAAUUGAUAUUAUUAAUAUUACAAUAAAUUUAAUAAAAUUAGCAUCAGCUAAAGGUAACACAGUAUUAGAAUCAACAUUAGAACUUAUAGAUGAUUUAUAUUUACAAUUUACUGAUUUUGAUGAAAAUUUAAAUUUGGUUGUAAAUAACUUAUCAACUACAAACACUAAAGAAAGUGUAAUUAAAGUUGAAAAUUAUAUGAAUAAUUUAUUGGUGGAUAUAAAUGAAGCUAUUCCAAUACUAAAUUUAUCAUUAAUAACUUCUGGUAUAAACCUAAAUGGAAAUUUAAAUUUUAAUGAAAUAUCACCAGGUAGAUUAUUACAAGCAUCGAAUUAUUUAGUCAAUAGUACACCCAAAAUUGGACCAGUAUUUGAUUUGAAUUAUUAUACAAUUUUCUAUAAUCCAAGUAGAUUAAAAUACAUUGAUGGGGAAUUAGAGGAAUUAGAUUGUAUAUCAUGGAAAGAAACUUUUGCAAGAAGUUCAACCACUAUUGAAAAAAAAGGAGAAUUUUCAUAUUUUUUAACAAUAACUGAAGAUUUUAAUGAUGAUAGAUAUCAUGAAGAUGAUGAAUUACCUCAAACUAGAAAAAUAAAUUUAAAAAAUAUUUCAACUAUGUUUUUCACAAUUUCUGGAAAAUUAUUAAAAUUAGAAAAUAAAAAUUCCCCAGUUUUAAUUUUAAAAUUAAUUGAUGAUAAAGAUAAUGAAGAGUGGAUUGCAUUAGGUCAAUUAAGUAAAAAUGAAUUUGACGACGAAGAAGAAGAAGACAGCGAAGAAGAACAAGAAUCAACAAAACCUAAAGUAUUAAAAUCAAAUUCAUUAUCAUUAUUAGAAUAUAUAAUAAGACUUGCAAAAUUACAACAAAUUGAACAAAAAUCAAUACUAGCUAUCCCUGACGAAAUCAUAAAAUUAUAUUUACAAGAUUACAAUAACAAUAAUCAGAAUUUACCAAAAUCAAUUAAACAAAAAUCAAAAGAAGAUCAACAUAAGAAUGAAACUAAUUCAAAAAUUACUCUAGAUUCAAAUAUAAAUAGGCUUAAAAAUUUAGAAAUUAAUAAAUAA